GCGGGUGUUGUGUGAAUUCGCUAUAUUAUUUUUUUUUUUUCGCGAACCAGAAGUCACUCGAAAGGGAUUAGCUAGCUUGCUAGCAGAGGAAAUCUCUUUAGAUGUUUGAAUUUGCGCCAAAUGAGCAACUCUGAACCGCGCUGACACCCCGAGAUAGUACACAAAAAGCUUUUUCCCAUGGCAAUCCUGUUUGCUGUGGUGGCUCGUGGAACCACCAUCCUGGCAAAGCACGCGUGGUGUGGUGGCAACUUCCUCGAAGUCACUGAGCAGAUUUUAGCCAAAAUCCCGUCGGAGAACAACAAACUGACCUACAGCCAUGGCAGCUAUCUCUUUCAUUACAUCUGUCAUGACAGAAUCAUUUACCUGUGUAUCACUGAUGAUGACUUUGAGAGGUCACGUGCAUUCAGCUUCCUCAGUGAAGUCAAGAAGCGCUUCCAGACAACGUACGGGUCGCGAGCACAAACAGCCCUGCCUUACGCCAUGAACAGUGAGUUCUCCUCAACACUGGCAGCUCAGAUGAAACACCACUCAGACCCACGAGGAACAGAACGUGUCACUGAGACUCAGAUGCAAGUGGAUGACUUAAAGGGCAUUAUGGUCCGCAACAUAGACUUGGUAGCUCAGAGGGGAGAGAAGCUGGAGUUACUGAUUGACAAGACAGAAAAUCUGGUUGAUUCAUCAGUCACAUUUAAGACCACAAGUCGUAACCUGGCACGAGCCAUGUGUAUGAAGAACCUCAAGCUGACCGUUGUUAUUGUGCUUGUGUGCCUGGUGGUAAUUUACAUUAUCGUUUCUGCUGCCUGUGGAGGCCUCAACUGGCAUACUUGUGUCAAAUAAUGAGAGGAGAGUGUGUAUAAAAGAGAAGGAGAUAAAGGAGAAGAAAAAGAAAAAGAGGGAGAAGCGCCUGUUCAACUCCUGCCUGCCAACGGAUACAAAAGGAAACACAACCUUCCUUUCUUUUACUCCUCUAGCUUCAACAUCCCCGGAAGACACAUACGCUGCUCCUCCUCCGGCCUCCUGCCUCCUUCCUCGCCUCCCUCCCUCCCUUCUUUAACAGCGUGCAUAUUGACUUGCCUUCUGGACAGGGAGUCCCACUUCAUACCCACACUAAUGGACAGCAGCCGUGUGGCCUAAAGCUGAUGUGGAACAAUAAUCUUGUCUCAUAACUAGUCCGGUAUAUUCAUCCUGUCUCACGCACUUAGUGGCCUGAUGAAUCAGUCUGUGAUACUGUCCUGCACCCAUAUAUGUUAUUAAUCCAGUCCGACUGAUACCUGGAAUGAACCACAAAAUAUAGCAAAGACUGCUUUGUUAUUGUCCUGCUUUUCCUUUGUUCAAGACAUACGGGACGUGCAAAUGUAGGUAGCAUUUACAGUGUGCACAUUUUUUGAUAAAACUGAUGCAGUAAAACGGUAUGUCUCAAGUGGCAUGUGUCUAACAAAACCACAUUGGUGGUGUCUCAUGAAAGAUUGUCUGAUUUCCGCCAUGUUUUAUCACCAAGCACAGUAGUAUAUUCUGAAGUGUAUGUUGUAAAAUACCAGAUAUGAUCAUACGAAUACAUAUUGUAAAUUUGAUAGAUAUUACUGAUUCAAAACAAUGUAAUGGCUCUUUUAAAUCAAGCCUGAUUUUGAGAAAUAUCCUUAUCUCUUUCACACGUUUGAUAGGAGGCUUCAUCUAACCUCUUACCUCUGCUAGGAUGUUCAGUGUGCCCAUUAUGUUCUUUUUCGUUAACACAAUGCACUUUUUACAUUGUACAUAGAUUUGCUUCCUGGCAUCAUAUGAUUUAAAAAAAAAAAAAAAUCAUGUAAUUAUUUAAUUACUGUACAUUCAGAUUUGAAAUAAUAAAAUCUGAUGCUAUAAA